ACGUGCUUGCACGCAGGAAAAGGAGCUUUCCCGCAGUUGCCAGCAGGGAAGAGCCACUGUCACGCUUGCCCUGGGAAGCUCUGCGGUAGCCAGUUGUGCUCCCAGGGCAGGUCACGGGUAGUAGAGCCUCCUUUGCUGCGGGGGGCGGGACCCGGUCGCUCCCUCCGCCCCACAAAUCGCCGCCACCGCCUGGCUGCUCCCUAGCCCAGCAACUCAGACGCGGCCACAGUCUGGUGGACUGAAGAGGCGGCAGUGAGCUAGAGCCCGCGUCGCAGCUACUGGUCGCAGAGAGCCUGGGAGAGCCCUAGCGCUAGAGGACCUGGCCCAGGAAACGCCGGCAUCUCUGCGCGCGGCUGGGAUCAUGCUAUACUGAAAAGGGACUCAAUCAAGAGAAAUCUGGGGGAAGCAGAAAACCAAAAAGUUAUUGAGCCCACUCUGGGCAGAAACGAUAGAGAUGUUGCUAUGAGAACAGAUUCAUCAAAAAUGACUGAUGUGGAGUCUGUGGUCACCAAUUUUGCAUCUUCAGCAAGGACAGGCCGCCGCAAUGCCUUACCAGACAUUCAGAGUUCAGCUGCCACUGGAGAAACCUCCGAUUUGCCCCUCAAACUGGAGGCCCUCUCCGUGAAAGAAGAUGAAAAAAAUAAAGAUGAAGAAACAACCAAAGACCAAUUGGAAAAUCCCCCAAAUGAAGAAAAAUGAAGGCCGAUAAUUUCCUAAGAGUGCUGAAUUUAUGCACGUUGAAAGACUUAGUGACUAUGUUUUCCUGAGGUGUUUGAUCUGGUGGUAACUGUGGUAACAUGUGUCAUUAGAUAAUUUUGUUGUGGCAUUAUUCAUUUGGAUUGCAACCAUGAUGUCCAAUGUAGAUUAUUAAAUGGUAGGUUACUUACAUUUGCACCCAAGGAAAAAGUUAAUAAUAUAUGAGCACUUAAAUACAUAUCAUUGUCUAUAAACCCAACAAAAUUCACCAUCCUUUUUUAUUUAGCCAGAUAUUUGUUUAAUACCAUUUUUAUGGUGAUAGAGGAAAGGUUUCUUGACAAGUACAAACCAAACACUAUUAUUUUAAAAUUUUGUAGCCUUUGUAGGAAAUUAUAUUUUGGAAAUGAGAAGGAAUAAUAGUCACAAAUCACAUGGAUAGAGUAUGUUUAUUUUUAAUCAAAUUAUACCAGAUUUUCCCCAGUCUUUAAAAAAUAAUUUGAAAAUAUUGUAAAAGUUUAACAGCAUAAGCAUUUCUAGAAUGUUUUGUCUGAUAUUUUGCUUCUAUUCUGUGCACACUGUGAUUUUUCAUGUGAAUCCUUAGAAUGUAAAAUUUGUGACAAAUUGUUUAUAUGGAACAGGCCUAUUAAAUGAAUUUCACUAUUUUCCUUAACUGUGGUAUAUGUACCUGUGUGUAUUUUAUUUUAAUGUGAAUUACACUAAAUCCUUUAGUAGUCUCUUAACACUGUCUUUUCUUAUUCUUAGGGCUUUAGUGUAUGCUUUGUUUCUAAAUUUCCUCAGGAAUGCAGAUCUUACUUUUGAUAUCUUUCUUAAAGUAGCUUAAAAUAACAGUAAACACUUAAGUAUUUGGUCAAUAAUCUAGGUGGAUAUAGCAAAACACAUGCUUUUAACAUAUAUUUAAGCACAUAUUUUAAAAAAAGAAAAACAAACCAAAGCAUUAGUAAAUUUUGAUUUAUUAAUUAUUUUAUGAAAAUAAUAGAACUCUGAUUUUUAAAAAUUUUGAUCUUAAUUUAUUUUCAUUUUCAGAUACAAUGCAUGCAAUUAUAAUUUGUGGACUUAAUCUGUAUAUGUUAAGAAAAUAAACUCUUUCAUUAAAGAAAU